ACAACACGAGGAACCACCGAGUCUGGCGAUUGGGAACGAAGAGCCGCAUUAACCCUAAGUAGUGAGCACGGCUUAAAUUCGACGCUAAUCGGACUUAAAACCGACGCUACGCGGCCAAGCUAUUCCAGCCUUAAAUAGUCCAAGCGUGCUAUUUGUCCAUUUAUCUCAUCUCAUCAGUCGUCCGUCUCGUUCCGCUUUUUCUCUCUGAGACUCCCAAAUCUCAACUCUUAAACUGCAUUUCUCUGUCGUCUCUAUCGGUCUCUCCGUCUUCGUCCUUCAGUUCCUCUCCUCAGCCGGAUUCCGAAGUCGAUUUUACAAAGCCGGGACGCGCAAGCUUGCUUAUCCGAUACGCAGAGGAAAAGGUAUCACCGCCUCGCGAUCUGAGGUCUUUCACUAUGACUGUAUAGUUACGCCGUUCAUUCAGGAAUCUCAAUCGGUUCUCGAUUUGCUCGAGUUAAAACAGUUGGGAAUCUAGAACUGGAUGCUGUUUCUGGAGUAAAGAAUUAAUUAGAAAGAUGUUUGGAUCAUCUAAUCCGUUUGGGCAGUCAUCUACUAGCCCGUUCGGGUCUCAAACAGUCUUUGGUCAGACUAAUGCUAGUAACAAUCCUUUUGCCCCUAAACCGUUUGGUAGUACAUCUCCUUUCGGCGCACAAACAGGUACUUCAAUGUUUGGGGGCACUUCAACUGGUGUGUUUGGCGCUGCUCAAUCCUCUUCACCUUUUUCUUCCACAACAGCCUUUGGGGCUUCAUCGUCACCAGCUUUUGGAAGUUCCAUGCCCUCGUUUGGAGCAUCUUCAACUCCUGCUUUUGGCGCUUCAUCUUCGUCAUUUGGUGGCUCAUCUGUUUUUGGUCAAAAGCCUGGUUUUGGUUUUGGGGCAACAACUCAAUCAAGUCCUUUUGGAAGUACAACUCAGCAAUCACAACCUGGAUUUGGAAGCAGUAUAUUUGGUUCUUCCACACCUUUUGGUGCAUCAAGUCAGCCUGCAUUUGGUACUACAAGCACUCCAGCAUUCGGUGCUACAAGCACUCCAGCAUUCGGUGCUACAAGCACUCCAGCAUUCGGGGCUGCAAGCACCUCUGCGUUCGGUGCUACAAGUACACCUGCCUUUGGUGCUACAAGCACACCUGCAUUUGGCUCAACACCGAGCCCAGGAUUUGGUAGUACAGGAACUGGAUUUGGUGUGUCAAGUACCCCUGUUUUUGGAUCUGGGGGUGCAUUUGGUGCUUCAAGCAUCGCUGCAUUUGGUGCAGCAAGUACUUCUGCUUUUGGGGUGUCAAGUGCUCCUGCUUUUGGGGCUUCAACCACGUCUGUUUUUGGGGCUUCAAGUACGCCUGCUUUUGGAGCAUCCAGCACUCCAUCCUUUAGCUUUGGCUCUGCUCCAGCUUUUGGCCAGUCAACUUCAUCCUUUGGCGGCAGCAUGUUUGGAUCCACAUCCUCUCCUUUUGGUGCUCAGAGUUCUCCUUUUGGAGCUCAAGCUACAACACCAACAUUUGGGAGCAGCGGCUUUGGACAAUCAGGUUUUGGGGGUCAACGUGGAGGAAGUAGGGUAGCCCCUUACACACCUACAACUGAGGCAGAUAGCGGUAGUGGUACACAGCCUGCUGGGAAGUUGGAGUCAAUAUCAGCCAUGCCUGUCUACAAAGAUAAAAGCCAUGAGGAGUUGAGGUGGGAGGAUUAUCAGCAGGGAGAUAAAGGUGGACCACUCCCUGCUGGCCAGUCUCCGGCUGGAGUUGGCUUCGGUACAUCAACUGCUCAGGCAAAUCCUUUUGCUCCUUCACCAGCAUUUGGUCAGUCAUCACCAAGUCCUUUUACAAGCUCAACAUCUUCAAAUCCAUUUGCUCCAAAAACUCCAGGUUUUGGUAGCUCAGGUUUUGGGACCUCAACCACUCCUGCAUUCGGUUCAUCACCUUUUGGUGCAACAUCGUCAUCAAACUUAUUUGGAUCAACUUCAUCAACAACUACAUCGCUAUUUGGAUCUACUCCUGCAUUUGGAGGAAGUUCAUCUAUUUUUGGUUCAUCAAGCUCACCUGUAUUUGGGUCUUCUCCAUCUCUUUUUGGUUCUGCUGCAAGUCAAGGGACAGCUCCAGCAUUUGGUUCUGGCAUGGGUUUUGGUACUAGUCAGACAUCUCCUCUGUUCAAUUCAACUGUUCCUUCAAUUGGGCAGACAGCAUCUGGUUUCGGACAGGUUACUUCGUCCUUUGGACAGGGUUCUACUCCUUCAUUUGGUCAGUCCAGUAUCUUCAAUACACCUUCUACCGGGUUUGGUGGGUUAUUCACAAGCUCAUCAACAGUUAACACUUCUAGCAGCCCAAUUUUUGGUCAAACAGCAGCCUCUGUUUCUACACCUUUUCAGCCAGGCCAGCCUGCUCAGGCCACUAGCACGUUUGGCUUUGGCAACUUUGGUCAGACACAAGCAGCAAGUGGAAGUGGCUUUGGCGGUGGAUUGGGCAUUUUUGGUCAAAGCAACAUUGGACAAAUGCCAGCUGCACAGAGCGCUGCUGCUGUACAACCGGUUGUUGUUACAAAUCCAUUUGGGACGCUUCCUGUUAUGCCUCAAAUGUCGAUUGGUCGAACUGGAAUGUCGCCAUCAAUACAAUAUGGAAUUUCUAAUAUGCCUGUUGUCGACAAACCUGCUCCUGUUAGAAUAUCAUCUUUAUUGACUUCUCGACACAUUUCGCAAAGGCGAAUCAGGUUGCCUGCAAGGAAGUAUCGUCCUAAUGAUGGUCCAAAGGUUCCAUUUUUUGAUGAUGAUGAAGAGACACCCAGCACUCCCAAGGCAGAUGCUCUUUUUAUUCCAAGGGAAAACCCAAGAGCUCUGGUGAUUCGUCCAACAGAACAGUGGCCUUCAAGAGCUAGUGCAGAAAAAUCAUCUCCGUUGAAGGACACUACCCUGGUGCAUGAAAACGGUAAAAUUUCUGAAAAUGGAUCUGCUGCUGGCAACAAAGACAAACAUCCAGUUGAAGAUGGUGCUGUCGCUUUUGUUCAUCCCAUCAAAAUGAAUCAAAAGCUUAAUGGUGUUCAUGAUGAUCAUCCUCCUCAGAAAGAAAAUUCAUACAUGACUCUUAGCGGCCACAGAGCAGGUGAAGCUGCUAUAGUGUACGAACAUGGGGCUGACAUCGAGGCCCUGAUGCCAAAGCUCCGACGCUCUGAUUACUAUACAGAACCUAAAAUCCAAGAACUUGCAGCCAAGGAAAGGGCUGAGCCGGGAUUCUGUCGCCGUGUUAGUGACUUUGUAGUUGGACGUCAUGGCUAUGGGAGCAUCAAAUUCACUGGUGAUACAGAUGUGCGAAGGCUCGAUCUGGAAUCUCUGGUGCAAUUUAACAACCGUGAGGUAAUUGUUUAUAUGGAUGACAGCAAGAAGCCCCCUGUCGGACAAGGUCUUAACAAGCCUGCCGAAGUAACUCUACUUAACAUAAAGUGUUUUGAUAAGAAGACCGGACAACAAUACACAGAAGGACCAAAAGUUGAAAAAUACAAGGAGAUGCUUAAGAGGAAGGCUGAGGAACAAGGCGCUGAGUAUGUGUCCUAUGAUCCCAUCAAAGGAGAAUGGAAGUUCAGAGUCAAGCAUUUCAGUAAGUACAAGGUGGAUGAUGAUGGUGAUGACAGUGAUGAGGAUCUUGAAUGUUGCAUUGGGCUUUGUUGAGGUGAAGAAAGAUGUAGCACAUGCAUUCAGCGACCUUCCUGAUUGGUGGAAAAGACUUGUUGUAUGGAAGGGUUUUGUUCCGAUGGGAAGGUUUCUGUUCUGUUUUGUACAGAUAUGAUGAUUGUGUUGUGGGAUGCCAAUGUUGGCUCUGUAUUAGGGUGGUUUGUUCUGCCGUUGAUUCUAUUUUUUUUUUUUUUUUCUGUUUUUUUUUUUUCCAGCCAAAUCCUUCUUUUCUUUUGACAGUUUGUUUGGUUUCUGUUCUUUUUCACUUAUUUUGUAGAAUUCAGUUCCCAUUUUUCUGGUACUGUGUUGUUAGAUUGGGCGUCAAGUUCUGUGGGAAUCUGCAUUUGUAGCUGAAACGUCACUUCCCUUUUUAUUGUAUUGUCAAAUCCAAAUUGGGUACAAUCUCUUAAUCUUUAUAAUGGUGGAUCAGACAUUUUCUUUUUUUGGGAA